AUCCUCUGAAAACCCGAUCUCUGGAAUUUUUUUCAAAAGUUGCUUCCACUUGUGAAAAGUUCUGCUCAAGUCUUGGCUAUUGAACAGCGAAAAUCGCUGUCCUCUAUCUCAUUCCUAUCAAAAGUUAUUCAAAAAAUGCCCACGGGUCCUGUAUUUUGGGAUGGAUAGUAGUAAUGAUUUCUAUUGAAAACUGGCUUUCCAAGUGGUAUUCCACAUGAGUUUUUUGAGACAUAAGGGAGGCAGUUGCUCAAGAACUUAACAUCGGAUUUGGGUGUCUCGAGAGAGCCAGAAAACUGACCUAUGUACCGUGAGACCGUCGGGAGGAAAACUUUUUAUUUUUAUUUACGUCUAAUUCGAAAGAGCAUAUAAAAUAACCACUAACCCUGCCGCAACUCUUCCAGAAGAUACUUUUUCAAAAAACUAGAAGGCAAACACUGUGUUGAGGGUCACUCUUGUUACAAAAGAACGUGAAUUUUCACAAAUUUUCGUAUUUUUCAAUUUUCUGGAAAACUAUCAAACCCCUAUGAUUCGUUCAUAGCUCGUUUCUUCUACUUUUCACAAAUGAACCUGUUUAGUUUUGCGUUUAAAAACUGCACAUGAUUCAAUGCUAGCUACUCAUGUCAAAACUUUAUAAAAAUUCUUUUCUCCUAACCGUCUAAAACUCAUAUAUAAAUCCAAUCGUGGUACCUUCCACGAGCUAGUCUAACUUUCUUUUUAGAAAAAGUCUAUUUUUAGGGGAAAAGAAUUUUAUCAACUUUUGACAUGAGUAGCUACCAUUGAGUCAUGUGCAGUUUUUAAACGCCAAAACUAAAAGGGUUCAUUUGUCAAAACUAGUAGAAAAAUGUCUUUUUUCAUACAUAAUACCCAUUUUGCAGCCGUUUUUACAAAAUUAAAAGUGUUUUCUGUACCAAUAUGAACUGAUGAAGAUAAAAAAAGCAUGCCACUAGAUGUAACUUUCAAUGCUUCAAUGCAUAUGAAAAUUAUUGCAUUUGGUCAAUGGAUCAAAACUGUGGUAAAAACCAAUAAGAGACAGGCCUCAAAUACAGUGCUCGUCGUGAAAUGCGUGUAAAAUCAUAAGAAAACAUCUUAAAGAGCUCGCUGGCGUCUCAUUUUGUAGAAAAAUGUUUGCUCUACAUCUCUAAUGGCUCAAAGAAAAGUUUGUCUAUCCGGACCGUUGAGAUUUGUAUAAAAAUUUAGAAAAGUAAGAAAAUGGUGACACCCAUGCCUGUCUCCACUAUCUGAUUUAACGACAAAAACGUUUAAUGAUCUUAUAAAUGAGAACCAUCGAAUGUUAUGUCAGUUAACUGACUCAGAAUUAAUUAGCGAAAACAAUAUUGACGAUAAAGAUUUGUUGAUUAUCUCAUCUUUUGUGAAUUCUGCAGAUAGGGAUAUAACAAAUAUAUUCGUUGAACUUGGUUUAUUAGACGAAGAUGAACAAGAACUAAAUGAUAAUCAAAUAGCAAGUGGUCAAGAUAGAAAUGAUGAGGAGGAGAAUUAUGAUACAGAUAAAUUGGUCAAAGCAGCAAUUGCCACUUAA